AUGAACGUGUCUUCUGCCAACGUGACGUUGGUUUUACAGUAUCGAGACUCCUUCUCUAAAGCGCUGACCAAGAACGUGAUAGUUGUGGUUCUCGGGAUCUCCAUUAACUACAUCAAUGCAGGCCUCAUUCGCACCUUCUGCAAACACCAGAUCUUCUACACAAACCCUCGCUACAUCCUUUUUUUUCACCUGGUGGUCAACGACAUGAUCCAGCUGACGGUGACUGUUCUCCUGUUCGUCCUCAGCUACACCGUCUACAAAAUAAAAGUCUCCUUUUGUUGCAUCCUCGUUGUGCUCGCUGUCUUCACCACUGAAAACACUCCUCUGAACCUGGCCUGCAUGGCGGUGGAGUGCUACAUCGCCGUCUGCUUCCCCCUUCGCCACAUGCAGAUCUGUACCGUCAGGAGAACCUUGAUGCUGAUUGGCUUCAUGUGGUCGACCACCAUGUUGUCAGUUCUUCCUGAUCUGUUCUUCACUUUGGCCACAGAGCCGCUGGACUUCUUUCAUUCCAAAGAUGUCUGUCUCAGAGAAACUGCCUUCCCAAAUCCCUUCAUCAUCAAGAAGAGAGAUGUCACAUAUUCAGUGUUUCUAGUUACGGUUUCGAUAACCAUCUUUUACACUUACUUCAACAUCCUGUUCACUGCUAAAAAAGCUAGCAUAGAUGCUAAAAAGGCCAGAAAUACAAUCGUCCUUCAUGGGUUCCAGCUGCUGCUUUGUAUGACAACUUACACAGAGCUGCAGGUAUUCAAUAUCCUGAAUCAUUUCUUCCCUGAGAAUUAUCUAGACAAUUUAUUUGCUCUCUACAUUAUUGUACAGAUUCUGCCACGAUCCAUUAGUCCAAUCCUCUAUGGCAUUAGAGACAAGACUUUUAGGAUACACUUGAAAAGUCAUCUGUGGUGUUGA